AUGGCCAACGAAAUCAAAUUGAUUGCUGGCAGCGGCCACCCAGAGCUUGGCACUUUGAUGGCUAGCCGGCUCGGGACGCGGGUCGCCAGCACAACUCAUGUCAAAUAUUCCAACCAGGAAAUGAGCAUCUCCAUCGGCGAGUCAGUCCGAGACGAAGAUGUUUUCAUCCUCCAGUCCACCGCGCCUGGAGAGGUCAACGACGGGCUAAUGGAGCUCAUGAUCCUCAUCAACGCCUGCCGCAGCGCGUCGGCGCGACGCAUCACCGUGGUCCUGCCCAGCUUCCCCUACAGCAGACAAGACAAGAAGGACAAGUCCCGCGCCCCUAUCAGCGCGAAGCUGAUGGCUAACAUGCUGCAAGUAUCUGGUUGUAACCAUGUUAUUACCAUGGACUUGCAUGCUUCUCAAAUUCAAGGCUUCUUCAACGUGCCUGUGGACAAUCUUUACGCUGAGCCGUCCGUGCUUCGAUGGAUUCAGGAGAACAUCAACCUCGACGACUGCGUCAUUGUCUCACCAGAUGCUGGAGGCGCAAAGCGUGCCGCGGCCAUUGCUGAUCGCCUGAAGAUCAACUUUGCUCUUAUUCACAAGGAACGCCCGCGACCCAACGUCGUCGGUCGUAUGAUUCUGGUUGGUGACGUCCAGGACAAAGUGGCUAUCAUAGUAGAUGACAUCGCAGAUACAUGCGGGACGUUAGCAAAAGCCGCAGCUACCUUGAACGAGCAUGGCGCCAGCCAGGUCUACGCCAUCGUAACUCACGGUAUUCUUAGCGGCAACGCUAUUGAUAAUAUCAACCAGUCCUGCCUCUCUGGCCUGGUUGUCACCAACAUUGGCGAUAAGGUCGAACGGUGCCCUAAGCUCAAGGUGAUUGACGUAUCAGGGACUCUUGCUGAGGCAAUUCGUAGGACUCACAACGGUGAAUCUGUGUCAUAUCUUUUUACUAAUGCUCCUCUUUGA